AUGGCGAAUCAAUCAUCUUCUCUUCUUCUGCGAUGCGCUUCCUUCAAUCAAGACAACAGCUGCUUUGCAAUCGGAACGAAAGAUGGAUUCAAGAUUUUUGACUGCGACACAGGAAGGCUUCUCUACGAACGCGUUGUUGGGGCAUUCAACAUUGUCGAAAUGCUAUACAGAUCAAAUCUUCUUGCCAUAGUUGGAGCUGGUGAACAGUUACUGGGAUUAUUUUUUCACGUGUCAGUAUGCAUCUUUUUCCACCAGCCAUCUUUAUCUCCAAGGCGAUUAUGUUUGUUCAAUACCAUAAGUGGAGCUGCAAUCAGGGAACUCAACUUCUUGACAUCCAUUCUGGCAGUUCGUGUAAAUAGGAAAAGAUUGAUAGUUUUAUUGAAAGAGCAAACCUACAUCUAUGAUGUUAACACUCUAGAAGUAAAGCGCAUCAUCGAUACAGUGCCAAACUUACAAGGACUCUGUGCAUUUUCAGCAAAUAUGGAUAACCCGUACGUGGCCCUUCCAGCUAGUACAGAAAAAGGGUCUGUAUUGGUCUACAAUGUCAUGGAUCUGCAGUCACACUGUGAGCCACUAAUACUGAACAAUCAUUUCUGA